AUGAGUGAGAAUACGGCAAAUGAUAUUAGUUCAUUAUAUCCAUCACCACCCCCAUACAUAAGGUUCUUCACUGAAAAGAAUCUUGCUAAAUUGGCAGAGUACAAGGAGCAGAAAGAAACUGAAAAGAACGAUAAUGAUCACGAUGGAGAGAUUGAAGAAGAGGAGGUUACAAACUCAGAAUUAGAUUUCCUUAUCCCACCACCGAUGCCACGAGGUCAUCAAUAUAGAGCUUUUGGUAGCGUAUGGCAGGUUAAAGAUCAAUUACCAGACUUAGAAGUGAUGGGUAUCAAACAGCUGUAUAAGAAAUCGAGCAGUGAUGAGCCAACAAAUUAUCAGUAUAAAAUCUCGGAAUUGAAGAAGCUAUUGAAGUCAUUGCUUUUGAACUAUCUAGGACUAGCUGGUGUGCUCAGCAUCAACCCAGAAGGAUAUGAGGAAAAAGUUAACAAUAUAAGGACUAUUUUGGUAAAUAUUCAUCAUUUAUUAAAUGAGUACAGGCCCCACCAAUCCAGAGAAUCCCUUAUUAUGCUUUUAGAAGAGCAAUUAGAGUAUAAAAAGAAUGAAAUAAAGAAAAUUGAACAAGUUUGUCAAGAAGUUCAAAAGAGAUUGGAUAAAAUACAGAGUAAUAUGCUCUGA